AAGCUUGGCUCCGCCCACAUUGGGCGAGUUCUAUAAUUGAUGAUAGCGGGCUGUACGGGACCAGAUUUGAAAUAUGUUGUAAUGUUCUCAUGUGUGAGCUGUUUUUGAGACUGUUGAAGAGAUUAACAGUGAGACAUUUCUUAAGUUCGUUGAUACAGACGGACCGGGGAAACGCUUUCUAGUUGUUUGAGGGAAGAAAAUGCUACAUUAAAUAUUUAUGUAUUCCUCUGACCACAGUUUUCGCUACAAGGCUAGUUCUAUCCGUACAACUGGCGAGUGAUUCUCUAUGUUACAACGCUCCCUACGUACUUCAACAACAUCAACAUAAUUCAUUCUGCACGCGUCCAACCCUGACGGUACGGGACAGUUUUACGAUCCGAAAUUACUACGGUACCGAUGAGUUCAUACUUCGUUAAUUCUUUAUCCACGUGCUAUGGACAAACUGUUGGACUAGACAGCUGUUCUGAAGCCAGUUUUCAUAGAAAUGGAAAUUAUCAGCAUUCCGGUACGCUUUAUCCGGGUUUCCCGGGUGGAAGGUACCCUUAUCCGUCUAAAGAGGAACGGAUUGAAGACCAAAAUGGCGACUUUUAUGGAGCUCCCAGGUUGAGCCAUCUACCUCACUCCAGUCCCUGUUCUUCCCCUCACAACCUCCAUGUCGGAAAUAAUAAUUCUCAAAACGUCCAUCAUAUCCCAUCUAGUGAAAGGUCAUCGUGUAAUAUACGGACAAAUUCAAAUAGUAGUGGUUCAUAUUAUCCGAACGGGCAAUUGGGUGGUGGGGUGGAGAGGAAUAGAACCACCCCACCCUCACAACAACCCCCACCCACCCCUCCGGACCAGCAGCAAUCCCAGGUCUCCCCUCAAUCCGCUACAAACCAGGCACCUCAAUCCCCCCGACCAACGGAUCAGUACACCCCCCCACACAUCUAUCCAUGGAUGAGGAGGAUGCAGUAUUCUCAAGAAAAUGCAGAUGGCGAAUCGAAAAGAUCGAGAACAUCCUACACACGGCACCAGACGCUUGAAUUGGAGAAAGAGUUCCAUUAUAACAAAUACCUCACAAGACGCAGACGAAUCGAAAUUGCGCAUGCGCUGAAUCUCACGGAACGACAAAUAAAGAUUUGGUUCCAAAAUCGAAGAAUGAAAUGGAAAAAAGAUCACAAACUCUCACAUAUAGCCAAAAACAUGAACUUCUGUAAUGCAUUGGAAAAAGUGUCACAAGAGCGAGAACAUAAGGGGACCUUGUGAAUAUGUCAGAUAAUAAAUAUACUCAAACUCUUAAGACGAUGUGACAUAUCGCUUACUCACACAACCAUUGACGUGUUCAAUAGAACGUCAUCACUUACGUCAUUAUCUAUGGCGAUAACGUCACGCAGAUCCGGUUGAUUCACGCCCAUGUACUUGCUCUGCAACGACUGUGGAAAAUCGAAGGAUAUUCGCAACGGAUGGUCGCAAGAUAUUCGACACUGAGGAAAAGUCCCGGGUCCAGUUUAGAAAGAGUCUUUUAGGACGGUGUCGCCAAUAAUAACACUAAAACAGUAUCCGAUCAGUUAUGUGGAUCCUUUAGCAUUUGGAAAGGUCCAAUGAGCUAUUUUAGUGUUCUUUUAAAACAAAUAUUGUAUGAAAACAGAUUAUAUCGACUAAAUUAGAUUAAAGGCGAAUAUUUGUGAACUAUUUUCGUGUUCUUUUGAAUCGAAUAAAUUAUUAAUGAAAGCAAAUUUAUCAGCGCUUAAUUAGAUAAAACUCAAAUAUUUGUAGCUAGGUUAUUAAUUAUUUAAGUUCAUUAUGUUUGCUUAUAAGAUAAACGAUUUCACAUUUAACGGUGAUUCAUGACAUAGUUUCAAUAUUCUACUAUCGCGAUUAUCAGGGAAAGAUUACCGACUGCUACAUGCAAGUAUGUUCAUUGUCAAUCAUAUGAAUAAGGAUUAGUACAAUCAGGGGAUGUUGCUAGAUCGGCAGAGUAUUUCAGUAUUUUAACAUAACAUGUGUAGUAUUUCAAGUCAAUGUGGACGACACAGUAAUUAACAUGGAACAAUUGCAGGGAAAACGAAUGUGGAAAGUGUGUGUAUGAGUUCAAAGUCGAGUGAGGUGAAUGAAUGGAAUUUUGUAUAUGAAAAUCCAGAUAUUGUAGUGCUUAUUAUGUUGGAUGUGAGUAAUGAUAUCGUACCGAAUUAAAGGGACAUAUUUUGCAGUUCUGACAGAACACUGUCAAUACAAAAAAACACUGAUUACAAAAUGUACAGGUUGCAAUUCCUUCAAAUUUCCACAGUGCAGCCGAGUGAAAAUAUUCGUGUUUUUUUUUAUUAUGUAGAGUAAAAAACGUUAAAAUACAUCUACACGAUUUGACAUUUUAGAUAUUUCCAAAGUGUGCCCCUUUAAUGAAUUUCGAAAUUAGCUACUGAACAUGUACAUACUUUAUAUAACCUCGGUUUUCUUAUCAGGGUAAUGACGAGGAUUAUGUGUGAAUUACGUAAUAAAUAUAUGCGUAUUACGUAAUUAAUAUUGAAUACUUAUAAAUUGUAACUAUGUAUUUAUGUAAGUAAUUGUAUCAAUCGGCGAUAAAUAUUUUCCGUUGAUAUGAGAAUAUUUUAUUUAGCCACAAUUCCAAUCGUAUCUGUGUCUGUUUCGUUAUUUAUGUCGUAAUAGUCGAAAUAGUGUUGGUCUUAUUUUACAUUUUCAAAUUACAAAAAAUAUAAAUAUAUAAAUAUAUCUAUAUAUUGUUUAGUGACUGAAUUGAUAUACUUCUACAAUCAAACUAAAGGAGAAACAUUGCAGGUUGACGUUUCCCUGAGCUAUAUACAUUUCACAUAAUGUUGUUAGCAACAAUUUGAAGAUGGAUAUUUAGGAAAAGGUUAAAGAGAGCUGAUCUAUUUAUUUAUAUCAUUUUUUUAUCUGAAAGAUAACAAGUUGUUAUGCAACAACCGAAAUAAUAAAAUGCUGAACUUGAUACAUGUUUUAUAUAUAUAUGUGUUUCUACAAUAUCUUUUUCCAUGAUUCAGGACAACUUUCUGAUACUAUAUUUCUUACUGUAUGUUCAUUACUUGGAUUAAACGUGAACAUUGUAAAGUAUUCAAAAGAAAAAGAAGAAAACAAAUGGCGCAAAUUGACUAAUCUUGCUACUGCCCUUUUUAAACUGAAGCCUGUACAAAGCAACACGAACCUUCUUGAAAAUUAGUUUUAAUUACGUUACAUUGCAGUUCAAUGUGCACAGAAAUAAAUUUGCUGAUUUUCAAACAAACACAUUUAUAAUUAUAUUUGAACUACAACAUAUGGACAUCACGUAUUUUUGCUCAAUAAUCCCAAUAAAGAAAUUCAAUAUAAUACGUUUAAUUUCCAAUAGUUAAAUUAAGAGUUUAACGUAAGAAAUAUAUGUCUGAUUUAAUGUCUUUGAAAAGCACACAAAUUGAAUGAAACCGUAGAAUAGAAAUAACUUUAGUUUCAUAUUUCAUUUAAUUGUAAUUCGUAGGAAUUUUACUGCCUAGUUGUUAAUUUGAAAAUUAAAUAUGAUGAAUAUAAUUUAUAUUAAAUGACUCAUUUGAAGAUAUUUAAAUCUCGUGACCUUCUACCUUCAUACUGAGCAUGUGUCCAAUCAUUAUCAUGUUAUAUAUGCCAUUUGUUCAUUGUCAAUUUCGGUAGCUAUACUGCCAGUCGUAUAACGUCAGCGUACGAUUAAUUUGGAAUAAAAGAUAAUUUUAAGGAAAAUUA